AAAAUAAAGUGUUUCUUUAGUCAUAACUACGCAAUAAGAUAUGGCAAAUUUUUCAAGAAAAUUAAUCUUUUUUAAUGCCAUAAUUAAUGAUUUUGAAUUUAAUGGUCGGAAAAUGCCGAAAAUCUAUUAAUAAUCUUCCAGUCGAUUUACUCAUAUUUAAUUUGUUAUGUCUUGAUUAUUACUAGUGUUAUGGUACCAUUGUCUUUGUGCUUGCAUCUUUAUUUGAACAAAAAAUGUUUGAAACCUGUAAUCAAUAUCAUUCGGUUGAAUAGUUUAAUAAUUAACCUAUUUUGUUUAGGUCUUAAUUGACCUCUACUAUACCGUGAAGGUAUAUGUGAUUUGCGCAUAAUUGAAUCAAGUAAUUUACUGUGACAAUCUAUCUGAUAAAGUCAACACUCUUUUAUGGUUUACUUUCCAAUUGUUUCUCUUAUUUUGUAAUUUAUUUUAACGGCUUUUCUUCAACUUGUUUACAGAUCUUUUGGACAUCGCUUUUGGGACAUCUUCUCAUCGAUAAUCAUGAACAAGUCAACUUGAGCAAGAGAAGCAGCCAAAGGAGGAGGAAGUAGGCAUCAAUAUAAAUCGUGAUUAAGGGACAAGAAAACCACUUGAAGUUAUGGCAAAUAGUGAUCAAAAUUGUGAACAUUCAAAGGAACAUCACCAUCAACAGCAGCAGCAGCAGCAACAACAACAGACAUGUAACCAUCUAGCAUUGGUACAAAGUGAUUGUCUUCAGAACGAUGCUCAUGGUGCUAAAGUUGAAACAGUUGAUGAAGGAGAUCAAUGUAAACCAGACCAGCAGCAAUCAACAUCACACCAUCCUACAAAUACUAGCUCAAAGGUUGUUGUUUUCAAAUCCCAUUUUCCAGCACUUGAAAAUAAUAAGACUAUUGAUUUGGAUAACAGUGAUUGUGGAGUGAAGAGAAGUGUUGAAAAAGAUGAUUCCAUAAAUUGUGCCAUUGUUGGAGCCUAUCAUGUGACUAGAACAAUUAGACUAGGUAGUGCAGAUGAUUCCUUUAUUUAUGAUCAAAACAAGUCCACAGUCUAUGAUUACCUGGCAAGCUCUUUCAAUUCAACGCAAGGUCCUAUUGUCAGAUCUAAUUCAUUCACACACCAAGAUGUUGGACGUCAUCGUAAAAAUAUUCAAGCUUCAUUUGCUUCAGGAUUGGUUACCAAUGAAGAAGAUGAAGACUUAUUACCGUUCCAAGGAGCCCGCCGAUUGUCCAAAUCAUUACCUGAAUUAAACCAAUUGCGUCUUUUUCCUCAUUUUGUGGAAGCUGCUAAUCAAUACAAUGUUAUUUUUGAAUCAGACCAAGAUGAAGACGAUGAAGACAAUAUAAGCUCAUGUAUUGCCACUGACACUGAAUAUCAACCAGCUUGGGCCAAUAAAUCUGAUUUUUUCUUGAGUGUUUUAGGAUUCUCAUUGGCAAUCAACACUUUUUGGCGAUUACCAUACUUUGCUUACCUCAACGAAGGAGGUUCUUUCCUUAUGGCUUAUACUAUUUUAAUGCUAUCUAUUGGACUACCAUUACUCUGUAUGGAAUAUGCCAUUGGCCAACUUACCCACCGUAAUCUAAUCGUAUUUGCCCAUCUUUGCCCAUUAACCAAAGGAAUCGUCAUUUCUUUAGCUUUAACGACAAGUAUUUUAAUUCCACUUUAUAGCACAAUUAAUACUUGGUCAAUUUUAUACUUUUUCAAAUCCUUUCACCAAACACCUCCUUGGACUCGAUGUAAUAACAAAUGGAAUGUCGAACCUUGCCAACUCAAUGAUGGACCCUUAUUCACUCCGACCACUAAUAUUGAAAACACUCGAACCAUGUUAAACAGUUCACACUUGGCCACUUCUGGAAAUUUACUCCAAUCUGAACAUUCUAAAAUGACUGAUACAUUCAAUUUAACACAUGAUCAUGGAGCAAUCAAUGUCUCCAAUCAGGCAACUAUGAAUGAGUCUUCAGUCAUUCAUACAAUCAAUUUGUCCAUUUCAAUAACACCAUCAUCUUCCUUGUCAUCUUCACCAAUUUCAUCACAAUAUGCAUCACAACAAUUCUUUGAUAAUCGUUUGUUGAAUUUUGAUUUCAAUGCAUCUUUUCUUGGAAUGAUUCGUUGGGAUUUCGCAAUUACCCUGUUUUUCAUUUGGUUUAUCGUAUUUAUUACACUCCGUAAACCUUAUAUUUUCUCAUCCAAUCCAACAUUUUGCUUAGCAAUUGUUCCAACAACAGUAUUUGGUGUACUUUUUUUCAAGUCAAUCUUUUUACCAGGCUCACAAAAAGGUUUAAUAUACUUUUUUAAACCAACUUGGGAAGGUAUCAGUCAGCCUGCUAUUUGGUUGUAUGCGACAGGCUUUACCAUCCAUUCUCUAGGAAGCAUUACUGGACUAAGCCUAGGAAUGGCUAAAUACCACCGAGAUCGCAAUAACCUGAUGAGAGAUUCUAUUCUUGCCUGCUUUAUGAACUUUUUGAUCGUUUAUUUCGUUGGGAGUAUCUAUUUUUCAACUAUCGGCCAUUUAGCUUAUAAACGUCAGGUUGAUAUAACUCAAGUUAUUUCCAAAGAACCAGGUUUGGGUUUCGUUGUGAUGUCUGAACUUUUAUCCUUAAUGCCAAUGCGAACUUUAUGGUCAUGCUGUUUUUUCUUCUUAAUGUUUUGCCUUGGAAUGGACUAUCAGAUUGCAACAGUUUCCACCAUAGUUGAUUGUAUCAAAGACUUUUGGAGAUCUCGUUUUCAAACUAAAAUUUCUCAUCAAUUUGUCGUUUUUAUGGUUUCUGUGGUUUUUUUCUGCUUGAGUCUACUUUUUUUAACCCAAAAAGGGAUUGUUUUCGUUCGUGUUACUGAGCAUUUUAUCACAGUUAUCCUGACUACUAUUUUGGCUUUAUUAGAAGUUCUACUUGUUAGCAAUUUCUAUGGUGCAAAAAAUAUGGUUAAUGCGAUAAGACUGAUUACUUAUAAAGCUCCUGGGUUUUAUUUUUCAUUUUGUUGGAAGUUUCUGACUCCUUGUGCUUUGAUGAUCAUUUUGGUUUGUAAUUUGUAUUAUUUUGAAGAAGUUGGCUUUCGUGGGUCCAAAGAUUUAUUCAUGGUUGAUAUUUUGGGUCCUUUAAUUACAAUGGUUAUCUUAAUUCCCAUUCCAUUGCUUGCUUUCCAUGAAUUGAGACGCAAGGAGGCAGAUUCGUCUGGAUUUUUAAAGCGUCUUAAUCUGGCUUUUCAACCUACUAACGAUCCAAUAAGUGAAAUUAAACGUGAGAAUGUUGGCAACAAGCGACAAAAUUCAGAUGAUUCUAACUCGAGAGGAAAUUUAUCCUGUGAUAUUAAUCCAGUUAUAAGCUAUCCAUUACUUCACAGUUUGAAUCGUGAAACAACUGUUUGAAAGGCCAAACAGUAUUAAACAAUCAAGUAUCAAACUACAAAAAAAAUCUUGUAAACAAAAUCAACUAGUCUUUCAAUUCAGCAUAAACAAAUCAUUUUGUAAAAGUUCAUGAUCAUCUCCAAAAAAAUAAAUUGUUAUUUCGAACCAAUAAACACAAUAAUUAAUGUGGAUA